CUGCAAUCACAGUCCAUUACGUCGCCAACACUCGCCUCACACACUCUCCCAGCGUCCAGUCUCUCCCUCCCUCCCUCCCUUAGCUUCUAGCCAAUAAGUGCUAUCCCCUAAUACACUGUAAACAGGCUAAUAAUCUUGUAAAUCUCUCGCAGCUUGUAAGAUUGUGAUAUACUUGUGUCCCAUACGUUCAAAACCUAAGAGGGAUAUUUGCUCUCGUGUUACGGUGUUUGUGUGUGUGUGUGUCGGCAGCAACGGAGGAAGUGACAGGCUCUCUCACCAACUCAGUAUGGAUGACAGACCAACACUCGAGGAGGGGGCUGGAGACUCUCUAGUCCAACAGCCUCAUCUUCAAAAAGAGGAAUCUAAGGUGGUAGAAACUAAUGAAGCCGAGGGUCAGGUGGAGGAGCAGCAGGUAUGGGCAGCCCUAAGACAUGACAAGGGCAAUGGGGUUCACCUAGUCACCUGGACAAUUGAGGACCUGACUCAGAAGGGCGACAACUAUACGUGCACUGUGAAGCGUCUCAAUGUCACCUUCUCCCAAGACGAUCAACACCACCACCAGGUAUCCUAUGUCGCCAAAAUUCAACAAAUUGGAAUAGAGGGACUUAUGAAGAGCUUUUCUGAAUUAAGUUUUAAGAAAGAGUGUCUCUUCUAUGGCAAGAUAUUACCAUUACUUAAUGCUGAACUGCAGGAAGCUAAGCUUGAGCCUUUGCGACUUCCUCAGUGUCACUACUACAGUUGUGAGGAAAAUAAGGGGAUACUCAUCCUAGAAGACCUCAGUAAGCGGGGGUUCAAGAUGGCCGACCGUAAACACACCCUCGAUGCAGCCCACGCAGAACUUCUCUUCCGAGAGUUGGCCAGAAUCCAUGCCUCUUCCUACCUUCUCCAAGCACAUUUGGCGUCCAGCAACUUGGCGGAGGAAUAUAUUCUCCUGGCAACGGACUGGCACAACUAUUCCGAGACAGCUGAGGCAGAAGUCAAUCCGUUCAUGCAGGGUGACACGAACGUGUUAGUGACAAUAGCUGAGACUGAGGGCUAUGACGAGCUGCUGCCCUGGCUCAAGGAUCUGGCAUCCAGGCCUUUAAGCAUCUUCAAGGACCACCUUAAGACUGUACCACCAUUUGCUGUCUUGUGCCACGGAGACUGCUGGAUCAAUAAUUUCCUUUUCAGGUAUGACUCUGCAGAUCGACCCGUCGACGUGAGGCUGCUAGACCUUCAGGUGUGCCGCCGAGGGUCACCUGCCCUUGACCUUACCACCCUCGUCUACACAAGUUUCAGCAGGGAAGUCAGGUCACCCAACCUCCACCAUUUCCUUCACGUUUACCUGGCCUCCUUCACCGACGUGGUGAUAGGCCGGAACAAUACAACAGUACCUUUCACUUAUGACGAACUGCUGAAGGAAUACCAAGAGAAAAUCACCUUCGGGGUGCUGAUGGGGGCAGGAUACCUGCCUUUGGUGCUAGCCGAUGCCAGUGAUGCCCCUGACAUCAAACAUAUUGUGGAUGAAGAAGAGUGGGCGAAGCAGCGGGAGGCGGACGUCCUCGAGCUCUUGACCAGAAACCACCAACUACUGAGAAGGAUGCGGAGUAUACUUGAUGACGUCGUCGAGUUUGGUGUAGCUGGUUAAGUUAAUGACAGUAAGCAAUUGUUGCAUCAUAACCAAGGGCUCUUACUUGUGUUAUGAACAUAUAUCAUAACAUAUGAUAUGUACUUUCCUGGACUGCAGACAACUAGCAGUCCAAGUGUUUAUAUUUUGAUAGACAAUCUUCAAUAAAGUGAAAAUCAAAGAUCCGUGGGAGAGUCAAACUGCCAAUAAAUUUCUAAUUAUAAUCAAAUAAAAAUAAGCCAUCGCCACGCCACGCCCAAGUGAAGGGCCUUUAAUGAUAGAAAGAUUAUUUAAAAAAAUGCUGACUAAGGAACUUCUUGGAGAUCAUAUUAAGAUCUGUCCAUAAAACAAGCUUAGAGAAGUACGACAGCUAAAUUUUCGGGAUAUCGUUAUCGGAAUGAAAAACGAAAAAGGUUGAAGAUAAAGUUACUGGGAAAAUUAUAUAAAAAAUAUCCUCAAGCUAUAAGGUAUAACUUAUAAAAACAAUGAAUUCAAAGUUCAGGUACACAGAAAAUUAAAAAAAUAAAUAAAUUCGACUAUCAACUAUGACGUUCAUAUAUUUAUUCGUUCAUCAUAAUCAAGUACCGUAACCUUGUAAUAACACCAUAAGUAUUAUAAAAAAAAACCCUGCACCACAGA